GCGAAUCGGUGCCGCAAGAACAUCGCCGCCCGCCUGGCCAAGAUGCAGUCUGCCGAUGACGAGAGCGACGGCGGUGACCAAUACGUGCUCGUGAAAGGUUGGGCGUUCAGGGUUUCAGACAGCUGCCCCGCCGCCUCGGUGGUCAGCAGCAAGAUUGGGGCCGCGGUGUACGUGUGGGACGACGGCGACAGAUGGAUGAGCGACCAGCUGUGCACAGAGGCGGCCAGGUGCGACCCCAACAUCAAGAAGGCGCCCGAGGUUGCGCCCGAGGCGCCAGCGGCGGCCGCCUCAGCCAAGGAGGGCGCGGCGGCCAAGAGCGCGGCGGCCAGCCCGCAGACAGCCAAGGAGGGCGCGGCGGCCAGCCCGAUGGCAGCCAAGGAGGGCGCGGCGGCCAAGGGCGCCUGGGGCGCGAAGGGCGCGGCGGCCAAGGGCGCAGAGGGCGCGGCGGCCAAGGGCGCAGAGGGCGCGGCGGCCAGCCCGCAGGCAGCCAAGGAGGGCGCGGCGGUAAGCCCGCAUGCAGCCAAGGAGGGCGCGGCGCCCGUCGACGCGGGCAAGGGCAGGGGCAGGGGCAGAGGCAGAGGCAGGGGCAAGAAGGCCCAGCAUGCCGACGGCGACGGCGGUGGGCUGAACGUCGGCGGCGAGGGCACGGGCAAGGGCAAGAGCAGGGGCAAGGGCAAGUGCAAGGCGGCGGGCAAGGGCGGCGAGGGUUGGCAUCUUCAGGCAGAGGCGGCGGCCGACUCAUCGCCCGCCCCAGCGGCGGGCGACGGGAACGAGGGCGACGCAGACACGAUGAACGAGGAGCACGGCGACGGCUGGUGCGGCAGCAAGAUGGCCGCGGUGCUCCGAGAGAUCAAGGAGGCCCGCGAGCUGUGCGGCAAGCACGGCCAAUGGAAGGUUGGCAUCUCGCCGCGCCCGAAGAUCAACGGGUGGGAGUGCUUCGUGCGGAACAAUGACGGCCAGACGUGGACGAAGACCAGCAACGCGAAGAUCAAGGUGGCAGCGACGCUCAAGGGCACGGUUCUCUACGCGAACCAGUGGAUGGUCGAGAGGGCGCAGGCUGAGGGUGCCGCGCGCGCCGAGUUGUUGGCGGCCGUUGGAGGCGAUGAUGGCAGCGGCGAGGUGGCGGCCGUCAACAUCAGCGACGACGAUGCGCAUCGGGAGGCCGCCAAGGGU